AUGCCUCCCCCACCCUAUAUAAUCGGUGACUCCUCGCCAUUCCUCAAGCGCGUGCUGAUUCCCUUCUGGGUGAUCCGCAUAAUCAUCAUGGUGAUCGAGCUGGCCGCCUGCGGUCUCGUCGUAGCCGCCAUCGGCAUCACGCACGACGAUCUAGAAGACGACUUUGGCAGCGGUCCGGUGAAGGGGGCGAUUGCCAUUGUGGCGGUCGAGAUGGUGCUCGUCGCCUUGUGUUUGGUGCUGGACAUUGUGAGCAUCGUCAAGCGGUCCCGAAGAACGCUGAGCCCGAAAUUCUUCCUCAUCACGAACGUCAUCCAGACGACUAUCUGGGUGGUGUUUAUUGUUUUAGGCCUGAUUGGCGUUAGGAGUGCGGGACAGAUUAUUCUUGGGAUUGUCAUCCUCCUCUCAUUCGUAGGCAUGCUCAUCUACGCCUCCAUCAUCUUCCACCGCUUCCGCAAGGGCGACCUCAACCCCGGCGCCAAGGGCGACGGCUACGUCCAGGCUGUCAACCCCGCCAUUAGCACCGGCUUCUACGCUGCCGAAGACACGGCCUACGCUUCUCAGGCAUAUGCCGCCCAGGCUCAGCCUUCUGGUCAGAAGUAUCCUGCUAGCCCAUAUAGCGUCGGCGUCACUCCUGUCGAUAACAACAACGCCCUCGCUUAUGGAGCACCAGCGACGCAAUAUCCUAAGCCGACGUAUUAUGAUGCGCCGGUGCAUGGUGGUCAACACCAGCCCCAGGGGUAUGAGCUUGAAAGCCGCAACCCUUAG